UCGGCUAAUUAGCAGUUAAAUGAGAUCUGUACCUGUUGAAUGAGGUGUGCUUUGUUGGGGUUGGAAUGAAAGCCUACAGGAUGGUGUUACAUCACCAGGAACAGGGUUUGGGUAGCCCUGGGAUUAUACGAAUUUAACAGGCAAGGGACCCUCAUUUAUGUCCCCUGAAGAAUUCCCAGGUACACGCAUUUCACACACACCAGGAGAUAUAUUCUGGAGCACGAGGGGAAAAGCACAUUAAGACUAACGCGUUUCGACAGUGACCUACGCUGAGAACUGGUGAGCAGCGUUUUCCUACUGUGCCACCAAUUCUACUCUGCACUCUUAAUCUUCUAGUUUAUUUAUUUUUUUUUUUUUCGAAAUUCAUUCAACACCAGGGCUGAGUUCGAAAGCCACACGCUUACUUUCGACAGCGGAAUCGCAUUUUUUUCCUUUUUGGUCGGGGGUUAAGAAGAAAGAACGUAGUAAUACAUAAAAGAAAUACAAAAAAGCAAACAACUGUUUACGCAUUUUGUUAUCAUUUUUCCUUCGCGUUCAUGGUCUCAAAUUAAUUGUAUUGGGCCUGAAUAUAGCCUACGGAAACAAUUACGUGUGUUUGCAGAAGGCGCCGUCAUUUUGGAAACGAUUCUAGAAGAGCCAUCUGGAGAGGAAGAGACGCUACACAGACGCAUGCGGCCCAGAGGAAAAGCAGUCACGCGGAGGUCCUGUACGGCAAACACGACCAAUGGGCAUUCUGACCACAUCAAUCACCAAUGACUCCAUUAUUAGACCAGUGGGAUUUUACAUUGUCGGAUUUACCCAUUUGAACUUUACUGAUUUAUACUUAAGCUUCCUCACUGUUGUUUAUAUUGUAACGGUUUUGGCCAACUUCUUUAUCCUGUCCAUUAUAUGGAUAGAUUAUCGCCUGCAUACUCCAAAGUACAUUGCGGUGGCUAAUCUGGCGAUCGUCGACUUGGUGCUCAGUACAACCAUUAUUCCCAGUAUGAUCAAGAUGUUUCUCGCGAAAGAUAACUUUAUUUCCUACAACGCAUGUUUGAUUCAGAUGUUUUUUUAUUACUGUUUCGUCUCAUUAGAGUCGUUUUCCCUCAGUGUACUUGCCUAUGACAGGUUAAUUGCGAUAUGUUUCCCACUGAGACAGAGUACUAUCAACACAAUCCCCGUCAUGAUCAGUAUUUUAGUCACUGUUUGGUCAUUUUGUAUAAGUGUUAUUGUGUUCGCGGUCAUAAUCAUGACCAGGCUAUCUUUCUGUAAUUCGGUCAACGUGCAGAGCUACUUCUGUGACUACACUCCCAUGUACAGACUAGCUUGCAAUGAUAACCGAUUGCAGUGGGCUACCGCCUCUUCUCUGGGUUUACUCAUUGUGUUUGUGCCCCUUAGUUUAACCAGCGUCUCAUACGGUUGUAUUUUGGCAGCCGUGUUUAGAAUGAAAACUGUGGAGAGCAGGUACAAAGCACUUGCAACGUGCACAGAACAUCUAGUUCUAGUGGCGAUUUUCUAUGUGCCACUUGUAACGGUGUUCAUAAUUGAAUUUUUCUUAUUCCGCCUCAAUCCGGAUGUGAGAAUGCUGAACUAUUCGUUAGCCUCGUGCAUCCCGUCCUGUCUGAACCCCAUUGUGUAUUCCCUGGCAACUAAAGAAAUCAGGAACAGAAUAUUGGCUAUGCUCCAGAAAAUCAAGGUAGCAGCGUGGACAGGGCAAGCGUAGAGCCAAAAGUUGCAGCAAAUUUACAUUUUAAAAUGAAUAAGAUCCAUUUAAUUGGUAAAUGUUCUCCGUGCACCUACCUGGUUUAUUAAAAAUAAUGAUUAAAAAAAAAAAAACUUCUCUGAAGUCUACUUUCAAAUGGUGACUUUUACUUUACAUUUCUACUGACAUGUUAGGAAUAGUUUCCUGCUCCAGGAAGCAAACGUUAAAUGUGUUUCUUUUCUUUUAAUUUUUUUACUUUAGUUUUUGACCCAGAAAGUUUUUGUGUACAAUGAAGGCUAUUGUAGAUAUUUACUGUAAAUACGUUUCUAGCAGUCUUAAUGUAUUCAUAUGAGCAUGCUUGCAGAUGAGUUAGAUAAUACUCAAUUGAAUGCAAAUUGCACAAAGAAUGAAUUAAAAAACUAAAUGGAACCCAAAAUGCACUAAAUUAACUGCAAUAU